AUGGAUAACGAACCACAAGAAAGAUUAUUUCGUCUACCAUUCAAGGUACCCACAUUCCAAGGUGUUAGAACUCUUGGUGUCUAUCUAUCAGGUAUAUUUUAUGCGCUUGGAUUCUGGACAUUUCUUGACGCUGUGUUAUAUUCGAAACAUGCCAAUGCAUCAGAUGUGCACGUUACAUUCAUUGAUUGGAUUCCAUUUAUCUGUAGUACGUUUGGUAUGUUGAUUGUGAGUUCGAUUGAAAAGAGUAGAUUACUACAAGGAGAAUUGAAUGGAGAAUCAUCGUUCGGAUCAUCUCUUGGAGGCAUGGAUUCUAGAAUGGCAUGGCAAGCAAGAAGUAUAUUAUUUUUUGGAUUUUCAUUACUAGCUGGUGGAUUAUCGGGAUCUAUUGUUGUUUUGAUUAUUAAAUUUUUAGUGAAAGAUUAUACAAGCUAUCCAACCGUUGGAAUGGGUGUUAAUAAUGUCUUAGGAAAUAUAUGUGUCUUAUUAAGUUGCAUAAUUUUAUGGAUUGCACAAAAUGCUGAAGAUGAAUAUUCUUAUUCUUUAACUUUAUAA